CCAAGAGAUCGAAAACGAAACAGAGAGCAAUAUUAGCCAUAUUUGGCAAUUACCGGCGGUAAUUGUCAAAUGUGCUAAUAAAUAAUGACGAUUCAAAGGCCGAAUAUUGAACAUACGCUGAUUUCAGAGAACUCCCAACAAUUGGUGAUUUAUAAAACAAACAUUCAUAAAGGUCAUCUAAAUUUUGAAUAUCCGUGGGAUCACGUCCAGCGCUUUCUCAAUAAUUGAUCUCUCACUUCUUAUUCUUAACUCCCUGUUGUUCUGUGAAAAGGCUGCAAAAUGGUCACUACGGUCCCCAACAAGAUCCUCAUGCUCCAUGGAUCCAAGGAUCUCCGGCUGGAAACACGCUCUAUUCAAAGUCCUCUGCCCAACGAAGUCCAAGUCGCCGUCCACAGCACUGGGAUCUGUGGAUCAGAUCUCCACUACUACAGCGACUUUCGCAAUGGAGCUUUUGCUGUUCUCGCACCCCUCUGUUUGGGCCACGAGUCGGCCGGCACUGUAACAGUUAUCGGUUCCUCGGUUACAUCAUUGAGUGUGGGCGACAGAGUAGCCUUGGAAGUCGGAAUGGCUUGUGGAACCUGCGAGCUGUGUCGAGGAGGAAGGUAUAAUAUUUGCGAGGAGAUGCUCUUCAAAAGUAGUGCAAAGACUUAUCCGCAUGCCGAUGGGACUUUGGCAGAAUUAAUCAAUCACCCCGCGGAUUUGUGCCACAGAAUCCCAGAAAAUGUCACCUUUGACCAAGCCGCUCUCAUCGAACCUCUCUCAGUCUCCAUACACGGCGUAAACCGCUCACAGGCACCCGCCGGUGGCAAAACACUCAUCUUUGGUGCUGGUGCAAUCGGGCUGCUCACUGCUGCAGUUCUACGAGCACACGAUAUGAGCGAAGUAGUAGUUGCCGACAUCGAUUCGGCGCGUCUUACAAUCGCAAAAGACCUCGACCUGGCCACAAAGACGUUCCUAAUUCCGCAGGCACCAAUGAAGACCGAAAUCGAUGAAGUCCUUAAAGAUGCCCAGGACCUUGCGGCGAAGAUUGCUGAGGUAGCUGGCGUGCGUGGAUUCGACAGAGUCUACGAGUGUACUGGUGUGCCGAGCUGUGUGCAGACUGGAAUAUUUGCGUCAAAGCCUGGUGGGAAAAUCGUCCUCAUCGGUAUGGGAAGAGCAGUACAGACUUUACCCCUAGGUGCUGCUGCGCUUCGCGAAGUCGACAUUAUCGGCGUUUUCAGAUACGCAAAUACGUAUCCAACAGCGAUUACGCUGAUCUCGAGUGGGAAGUUACCAAGGAUACACAAGCUGGUCACACACAAAAGAAGUUUAGACAAGGCGGAGGAGGCUUUUAUUUUGGCAAAAAAUGGAAAGGAUGAGGAGGGAAAUGUAGUGGUAAAGGUCGUAAUUGAGGCUUAGCACGAAAAGUGGAAGGCGGGGUGAGGCGCAGGAUCAGGAGUACAGAGCCAGCAUUGAUUUCAACGUGGAAGAGAAGCCGGUUACAUACACGCUUUUCAACAAGCCCUCGUUUAUCGCAUCGCAUCCUUGUAUAAAUGGGCCCCAUUUUCAGCAUUCGAAUGAUAUGGGCAGCAUGUUUGCACCAUUCGGGACUUGAAGAACGUCCAUUGGAUCCCUGGCGAGGUGCUUAUUGUCAAUGCGACCUGCGAUGGUGGCGAACUUGUUGCGAGGGCGUGGUGUUCGGAGAAUGCUCAACAUGCGGUUGUGAGAAAGGGGAGUGAUGCUUGCUUUGCCAGCUCAGUGAAGAUGGCGAGGGGGCAGGGGCUGGGGGUCAGUUGCUUGGUCCGGGCAUGAGGU